AUGGCUGCUUUGCAAACCUUGCGGCCUCCCCGCGAACGCAGACUUUGCCCGGGGUGGACAGAGUGGACGGAGCCUGCCACCAAGAAGGAUGUCUCCACCCCCCGCAGGGUCGCCUCUGCCCCGUCGAGGCCCCCGGGCGACCGCAGGAACCGCGAGCUCGGGGCCNAUAGGCUACCCACUCCAGUAUUCUUGGGCUUCUCUGUUGUCUCAGGCGGUUGGCUUAGUAAGCCCCUCAAAGAUCCGGGCACUUCAGCAGACAGUCACCAGAAUCUAAGGUGGAAACUGAUAUCUGAGAUGAAAGCUGAUAAUAUAAAAUCAUUUCUUCGUUCGUUUACAAAGCUACCUCAUCUGGCAGGAACGGAACAAAAUUUAUUGCUUGCCAAGAAAAUCCAAAGCCAGUGGAAGAAAUUUGGACUGGAUUCAGCCGAGUUGGUGCACUAUGACGUUCUCCUGUCUUACCCUAAUGAGACAGAUGCCAGCUACAUAUCAGUCAUGGAUGAACAUGGAAUUGAGAUUUUCAAUACAUCAUACGUUGAGCCACCACCAGAUGGAUAUGAGAAUGUUAAGAAUAUUGUACCACCCUACAAUGCCUUUUCACCCCCGGGUAUGCCAGAGGGUGAGCUUGUAUAUGUGAACUACGCUCGUACUGAAGACUUUUUCAAACUAGAAAGAGAGAUGAACAUCAACUGCACUGGAAAGAUUGUUAUUGCAAGAUAUGGGAAAAUCUUCAGAGGAAACAAAGUUAAAAAUGCCAUGUCGGCAGGAGCCAAGGGAAUCAUCUUGUACUCAGAUCCAGCUGACUACUCUGCCCCUGGGGUACAGCCAUAUCCCAAAGGGUGGAACCUUCCUGGAACUGCAGCCCAGAGAGGGAACGUGUUAAAUCUCAAUGGUGCUGGUGACCCCCUCACUCCAGGCUAUCCAGCUAAAGAGUAUGCCUUCAGACUUGAUGUUGAAGAUGGAGUGGGAAUUCCCCGAAUCCCUGUGCAUCCCAUUGGAUAUAAUGAUGCAGAAAUACUAUUACGCUAUUUGGGAGGCAUUGCUUCACCAGAUGAGAGCUGGAAGGGAGGUCUUAACGUGAGUUACAACAUUGGGCCUGGCUUUCUAGGACAUGAUUCUUUCAGGAAGGUUAGAAUGCAUGUUUAUAAUAUCAAUAAAAUCACAAGGAUUUACAAUGUAAUCGGAACUAUCAGAGGAUCUGUGGAACCUGACAGGUAUGUUAUUCUGGGAGGUCAUCGGGACUCCUGGGUAUUUGGAGGCAUUGACCCAACCAGUGGGGCUGCUACUUUGCAAGAAGUUGCCCAGAGUUUUGGGAAACUGCUAAGUAGUGGCUGGAGACCGAGAAGAACAAUCAUUUUUGCCAGCUGGGAUGCAGAAGAAUUUGGACUUCUGGGUUCUACAGAAUGGGCUGAGGAGAAUGUAAAAACACUCCAGGAGCGAAGCAUUGCUUAUAUCAACUCAGAUUCAUCUAUAGAAGGCAAUUACACUCUCAGAGUUGACUGUACACCCCUUCUUCAUCAAUUGGUGUAUAAACUGACAAAAGAGAUCUCCAGCCCUGAUGAUGGUUUUGAGAGUAAAUCUCUUUAUGAAAGCUGGUUAGCAAAGGACCCUUCGUCAAAAAGUAAAACUUUGCCUAGAAUCAGCAAGCUGGGAUCUGGAAGUGAUUUUGAAGCCUAUUUUCAGAGACUUGGGAUUGCUUCAGGAAGAGUCCGUUACACUAAGAAUAGGAAAACAGAUACUUACAGCAGCUAUCCAGUAUACCAUACAAUUUAUGAGACAUUUGAAUUGGUAGAGAAGUUUUAUGACCCCACGUUUAAAAAACAGCUUGCUGUGGCUCAGCUACGAGGAGCAUUGGUUUAUGAGCUUGCAGACUCUAAAGUCAUUCCUUUCAAUAUUCAAGACUAUGCAAAAACUUUGGAAAACUAUGCAAGAAGUAUCUAUAACUUAUCCAGGAAACAUGAGCAAGCAUGUAGACACCAUGGAGUAUCAUUUGAGUCCUUAUUUUCUGCUGUGAAAAACUUCUCAGAAGCUGCUUCAGAUUUCCACAGAAGACUUUCACAAGUUGAUCUGAAUAAGCGAAGGAGAAGAAGGCCGUGUGGGUGUGAAAGGGGUAAAGGAGGCUACUGCCCAGUCUCCCCGCAAAUCCCACUGCAUGGUGUGGCUGUGGCAGCCGACCGUCAGGAGGGCGCUCACAGACCCGGAGCUUCUCUCUGGGGAGCAAAGCGUUUGUCCCCAAAUGGGCCACCUCACCUGCGCCUGAGGCAGACUGGACAAAGCAGAAGAAUCAGUGGCUUGGAACACAGGCAGUGGAACUCAUGGAGCAACAAAAAAAGGGAUCUGAAGCACUGCCCCCGGCCGCCCACGGCUGCCUUUAAUUUACUUUGUCCGCACUGGGCGGUCACUGCUGCGAGCAGUGUUCCUCUGGUUGUGGCGAGGGGGCCCAGCCUCUGGCCGCGGUGCCUGCCUUCUCACGGCGGAGGCCUCUAUCUUGUGGAGCGCGGCCUCUGGGCUGUGCAAGCUCAGGGAAUGUAUGAGUACUCUUUAGCUCAGCCUGUUCUCUGUGUUUUUUCUGCUAGGCACAUCAUCUUUGCUCCAAGCAGCCACAACAAAUAUGCUGGUGAAUCAUUUCCUGGCAUCUUUGAUGCUAUGUUUGAUAUUGAAAAUAAAGCAGAUCCUCGUUCAGCCUGGAAAGAAGUGAAGAAACACAUUUCUAUUGCAGCCUUUACAAUUCAAGCAGCGGCAGGGACUCUGAAAGAAUCCUUAUAGUGAAGUCUCAGGUAACUGGCUGCCAUUAAAAGUCUGAGGAUAAAGUCCAUCUUUCUGAUAACACGUGAAGCCAGAGUAUGCAAAAAUUUUGCUUUUCAUGUCAUGUUUUGACUUUAGACUUGCAGCUUGUUCAUCUGUAAAAAGAUUUUUGGCUCUGAAAAUUUAAAACUUCAUCGUCAAAGUGCUAAUCCAAUAAAACAAACCAAAGAGCUU